AUGGGGAAGAUAAAAAAUAAAAAUAAUAGUAAUAACUUAAAGGAUAAUAAUAAUAAUAUUAAUAAUAUCAAUAGUAAUAGUUUAAAAGAUAAUAAUAAUAAUAAAAAAAGAAACACACUAAGUUACAUUAAACAUAAAUUAACAUGUAUGUUUGGUUGUGACUAUAGAUCAAUGGCAUUGUUCAGAGUGGCAAUGGCAUUAUGUGUAAUUGGCGAUGUUAUAGAAAGAGGAGUAGAUUUGCGUGUAAUGUACACUGAUGAAGGUAUAAUGCCAAGACACCUAAUCAUUCAAAGAUACAGCAGUAAUUAUUUUUAUGUUGUUCAUCUAAUGAACUCAUCUGUACAUUUUCAAGCAAUUUUAUUUUCACUUCAUAUAUUUUUUGCAUUAUUAAUGCUAAUUGGGUACCGUACCAAAACCUUCUCAACCCUAACUUGGUUUAUGACAAUUUCAUUGCAAGCAUAUAAUGGUGUUGUUGGUCAUGGUGGUGAUGUUUUCUUCCGUUGUAUGUUAUUUAUCAAUAUUUUUUUACCAACUGCCGAAUAUUUCUCAGUCGAUAAAGCCACUUUUUAUAAUGAACAACCAAUUGGUUCCUCAUCUCCCUCAAGAAUGAACAAUAGCCUAACAAACAACUCCAUCUCAAUAGCUUCCGGCAAUAUUGAUAAUGAACACAACCAACCAUUAUUAGAUUCUCAUAACAGUGCCAAUGGUGCAAGUAAUCCUCUUAACAUUAGUAUUGAUAGUGGCCUUAAUACAAGUGGAAAUGGAUUACUCAACAAUCCUGGUAACAGUGGAAGUGUAGUUGGCGAAUCAAAUAUUGAAAUUGGUUUAUUUGAAAAAGAAAAGGAAUCAUACUCUCAUCAUCACAGAGAUCCAAACUCCUAUCGUUAUCUUUCAUUUGCAACUGCCUGUGUUCUUUUACAAAUGGGAUGUAUGUAUGUUACUUCCUAUUUCCACAAAACUGGUGAGGAGUGGCGUAACGGUGAAGCCACUUUCUAUGCAAUUACUUUAGAUUAUUUUGCAACUGAUUUUGCAAAACUAAUAUUACAUUUCAGACCAAUAAUAAGAGUUUUAACAAUUGCAGUUGCUAAAUGGGAAUUAAUUGGUAUAUUCUUUAUUUUCUCCCCAGUUUAUACUGAUUGGUUUAGAUUCUUCAGCGCACUCGGCUUUAUAGCAAUGCAUGUAGGUUUUGUAAUGUGUUUAAGAUUAGGUUUAUUCUUUUGGGUUACUGCAGGUGCCCAACUUAUAAAUAUUCCAACACCAGUUUGGGAAAUAUUCUUUAGAUGGUGUGAAAGGAAAAUACUAAAGGGCCAACGUCCACCAAAAGUUUACUAUAACACCACCAGUCCUUUCAGUCAAAAACUUGCAUUAGCCAUAAAGACUUUCUUUAUUGUUCCGGGUACUGCAUAUUUUUCACCAUUAACACAUAUCACCCAAAAUGAAAAUAUAUCACUAUCAACUUUCCAUAAUAUAAAUGACAAUGCCAAUAACCCAAUCAAUAAUAACAAUACAUCAGAUGAUGAUACUGACGAAUCUGACCAACAAGAAACUUCACUUAGCAGCCGUCGUCGUUCAUCCCCAAAUAUGAAUAACAAAUCCAGUGGUAGCUUAAAUUCAUCAACCUCAAACUAUUACAAUAAAGAACUAGUUGGUGAUGAUUGGCUGGUAUCUAUUGAUUCAAAUGGUAUCAGAAAGAGAAAUAUUCAUGCAUUAAAUUAUAUAUUAAGCAAAUCACCACUACUCUUCCCUAUUGCAUGGUGUUGUAAAUAUGUUCCAAAUAAACUCUCGGAUUUUUGGGGUAAAACAAUUCAACUUUUCCACAGUCGUUCACAGCAAAAUCAAGUAGUUUCUGGUAAAAGAUCGAUCUAUAGUAAGAGAAAGAAUCCAAUUCCAUCAUUCCCACGUUGGUGUUCAGUAUUAAAUAACAUAUUUAUGUUUUUCAUUUGUUGGUAUAUUUUAGCCUACAAUUGCAAUACAUUCAAGAUUGAUUUAGGAUACAACUAUAACUUAAGCUUCAUAGCCUAUACAUUCCGUUUAGAUCAAGGUUGGAAUAUGUUUAGCCCAGCACCUCCAAAGACCCAUUGGUGGCAUGUAAUACAUGGUGAAUUAGAAGAUGGUACCAAGGUAGAGUUGUUCAAAAAUGAAGGCAUCUUUAAUUUCAACAUUAAUACAGUUGUGAAUUUUGAAAAACCAAAUCCUUUCUACAAAUCAUAUGGUAAUCAUCGUUGGUUCAAAUAUUGGGAGAAUGGUUACAAUCAAGCAAAUUCAGAUUCAAUGAGGUUGGAAAUGGGUCGUUAUAUUUGCAGACAAUUUAAUAAUCGUCAUUUAGGUGAUGAAAUGCUAUAUAAAUUCUCGGUAUAUUUCGUACAUGAAUUCCAACAUUUAGAUGGUACUGUCACUGCUCCUCAACAUCAAACUCUAUGGAACCAUGUUUGUUAUGAAAAAUAA